AUGAGCGCCACCAAGCUCGUGCCCUUCUCCAAGUACCAGGGACUGGGCAACGACUUCAUUCUCGUGGACAACAGAGAGGAAACGGAGCCAAUGCUCACGGCUGAAGAGUCCGCUAGCUUGUGCGAUAGACGUUACGGCAUCGGCGGAGACGGCGUUAUCUUCGCCCUUCCGGGGUCCGACGAGAUGGACUACUCGAUGCGGAUCAUCAACUCAGACGGGUCCGAGCCGGAGAUGUGCGGGAACGGGAUCCGCUGCAUGGCCAGGUUUCUGGCCGACCUGGAGGGGAAGAAGAAGGCCGAGUACAAGAUCCACACGCUGGCGGGUACGAUCAUCCCCAUGGCGCGAGAGGACGGGCUAGUCACGGUGGACAUGGGACCGCCGGAGCUUAACGGGCCCAAGGUGCCCAGCACUCUGCCCACUAACGACGAUGGGGUUGUGCUGAAGGAGCCGAUCAAGGUUGACGGCAAGGAUUGGGAGGUCACAUGCGUAAGCAUGGGCAACCCGCACGCCGUGGUCUUCGUUCCGGACGUGGACGCGCUGGACCUGCCGACCAUUGGGCCCCAGUUCGAGACUCAUCCCUCUUUUCCGGCCAAGAUCAACACCGAGUUCGUGCAGGUCUUGAACAGGGGGCACGUGAAGAUGGUGGUCUGGGAGCGGGGGUGCGGCAUCACCCAGGCCUGCGGCACCGGCGCCUGCGCCCUCGUCGUCGCCUCCGUCCUCGCGGGCCUGGCGGACCGCAAGUGCACGGUGACCCUGCCGGGGGGAGAUCUGCAGAUCGAGUGGCGGGAGUCGGACGGGAAGGUUUACAUGACGGGGCCGGCGGAGCUGGCGUUUCAGGGAGACGCCGUCGUGCGGUGA